CACUUAAGAAAAACUAGUGAACUAAGAGAAAAAGCUAAAGCUGCUAGUACUCUGUUCACAAAACUAAACUUUAGUGCAGAUAACCCUUAUACAAAGGUAGAUGCAACUGCUACUAAGCCAAACAAAUAUAACAACACCAAGAACACAGAACCAGAACAAAAGGCAGAGAUGGUCGAACCAAGACCAGAGGUGAUGGUAACAAACCUACCAGAAAAAUUGAAUCCACACACUGCCCUAACCAGCACCAACCACACAGAAACAAUGCCUACAGAUAUGCCAUCAGCAAUAGAUAAUUCUAAUCACACAGAGGAUAUGUCUACAGAAACCCUAUUAGAUACAGAUAAUGCUGACCACAGGAAGGCAAUGCCUAUAAAUAUAUCACCAGAAAUAGACCCUAUCGAAAUACAAGAAGAACCCUUUACAACC